AUGGAUCAUUUUCGUUUUGAGUCACCUUAUUGUGACUCUUUUAAGAUCAGUAGUGAACACAGAGGUCUCAUAAUGCAACAUUUGAUUGUAAGAAAACUAACAAGACGAGAAUUAGAAGAUAAAUAUUUACGUCUUAUUGAUGAAAAUUAUGAAUUGAAGCAAGAAAAAAAUAUGCAAAAGGAUAAAAUAAAAAUUUUAACAACGAAAGUUCUUCGUCUUUCAAAGGAUAACAGCAGACAUAAGUCACGAGAAUUAUUGUUCUUUGACAAUGUCAAAGAAGUUCAGUGA